AUGCUAUAUUCAACUGACGAAUGUCAAGAAUGUCAAAUACAACAAGAAAAUGAAAUUUUGGCUCUCGAGGCAAUUUAUCCUCAAGAUUUCACAUACACAGAGAACCAUGGAAAUUCUCCACGUUACCAAGGAUCUCUCACGAUUCGAAUAUCAACUCCACAUGAAAUUAUGAUAUAUUUUAUUGGCGGUAAAAAUUCAACUAGUGAUCUGCCACUUAAAGUUCGACAUUUACCACCAGUUAAAAUCAUAUUUUCGAUGCCAAGAGAUUACCCUAUCGAAGAGUCCUUACAUUUUGAACUUGAAUGUUGUUGGAUGCGAUGUGAAUGGAUAAGGUUAUUGGAAGAAGAACUUUUAAAAAUUUGGGAGGAAGAGAAAGAUGUGAUUCUAUUUCAUUUUGCUGAGUUCUUACAAAACAAGGCUUUAGAUUAUUUGCAAUUAUCAUUCCCUUUGAGACUAUAUGAUGAUAACAUUGGUCAAACAACACUUAAAACUUUAAUACUUACUUACGAUCAACAGGCCAAGAAUCAAGAUUUCAUCAAUGAUCAUUUUACUUGUGGGAUUUGUCUUGAAGAAAAACAUGGUGAUAAAUGUUAUCGAAUUAAUUCAUGUCAACAUGUAUUUUGUCAAAUAUGUCUUCGUGAAUAUUUUGAAAUCCUAAUUCGAGAAGGAUCUGUAAUACAAGUCAAAUGUCCCGAUCCUGGUUGCAAGUUACAAAAUAAAUUAACUAAGGAAGAAAUGUCAGAAAUCGUCGGUCCUGAAAUGUCACAAAGGUACGUCGAUCUAUUAGAAAAACAAAAAUUAGAGACGGAUCCUUUGGUGACUUAUUGUCCUCGUAAAGUGUGUCAGGCACCUGUGAAAAAAGAUCCAUCUGUUGAGAAAUUAUGUGUUUGUACAAAAUGCACAUUUGCCUUUUGUUGGUUUUGUCAACGAACUUGGCAUGGAGUUGGUGUGCCAUGUGCGAUAAGCAAUAUCAAAAAAGUUGUUCAAGAAUAUAUGACAGCUGAUCAAGCUACCAAAUCUAUGUUAGAACUUCGUUAUGGAACGAAGAAUAUAGAGAAGUUGGUCAAAGAUGCUCAAGAAGAAUUGGAAACUGAUAAAUGGAAAAAGUCAAACACUCAAAAUUGUCCACAAUGCGAAACUGCUAUUGAGAAAUCCAUGGGAUGCAAUCAUAUGUUAUGUACGCGUUGUCAAACACACUUUUGUUAUCUAUGUGGAAACUGGAUAGAUCCUAAGGAACCUUAUCGUCAUUUUAAUAAUGCUAACACUUCUUGUAACCAACGAUUAUUUGAUGGAGUGAAUAUUGAUGAAUUUGAAUUAGCGGAUGAUUUUAUUCUUGUUUAA